UGCUAUUUGACUGAUGCCUGCAUCUGGAUGUGUGCUGAUCUCUAUUUAUUCGGGGACACCGAGAAUGGGGAUGCUGAAUGCCCACCUGCUGAAAGCGAUCCAGAAUCUUGGCGGCGCGCAAGAUUCUUGACACCCGAUGUCACAAUGAAUCCACUGGCGUCGCCGCUGCAUGCUGACCUAACUCCACUUAGAGACAUCCCUAUUAUCGUUCAGAGUGGGGACAGCGAGGGUCUGCUUGUGGACACUCUUGCAUUGGCGCGAAGAGCGAAAGUGUAUGGUCUGUCGAAAUUGUCCAUCGAGGUUUAUACCGACAUGUUUCAUAUCUUCCCGCUUUUUGCAUGGCUGCUGCCGUCGGGCAUGGUCGCCGUUAACCGCAUGUCCAAAUUUCUGGCAAAGCGAAUAUGUCUAUCAAUGAAGGGCGCCACGACAUGUCCUAUGGAGAGUCCAAUGGUUUCCUCGACGGUAUCGGUGGUGGAAAAAGACGGAGCGAUGCAGAAGCGAAGAAUAUCUGCCUGGAAUGGCGCCACCAGUCCAGGAGGUGAAAUGAUGGUCUCCGGUGUAAUGGCUCCCCUUGGAGUUCAACCUUCUGCGUCAUCUGAUAGCUCAUCGAGUGAUGAUGAUGACGAGGAGUAUGGUCAAAUGAGAACGUCUUUCAAAUCCGUAGUCAGCGUACCUCACGGCUGCCACAAAUUGGUUAAUAGCCCGGAGAUUUGCGAGAACCUCUGCCAGUAUCAUUUGCGGAAGCAUAGCAGCACUCCCGACUGCACUCAGGAGAACGGCGGUGUGGCCCCCACUGUUAAGGCCAGCUCCCCUGGCGCCGACACAUUUACCGUUAUUACGAGUUAAGUCGAAUACAUGUUGCAUCCAUAUCAUACUAGGAGU